AUGGAAAUUGAAGAUAUUACUAAUAUGAAUGUUGAAAUUGAAGAUCCAGAUGAUUGUGUAGAAGUUGAAGAACAAAAAGAUCCACAAAAGUCACUGAAACGCAAAAGGAAGUUGAGAUCACAGGUAUGUGAUCAUUUUGAUCGUUUGGUUAUCAAGAAUACAAAUGGUGAGAAUGUAAUCAAAGCAAAGUGCAAAUAUUGUGAAGUUCUAAUCAAUUCUGACAGCAAGUAUGGGACAGGUCAUCUAAAACGUCAUACUACAAAUUGUGUUAGGAAAAACACACGUGACAUAGGUCAAAUGCUUAUCGGUGGUGAGAAUGGAUCUAUGUUAAUGAGGUCUAGCAAAUUUAGUGAAGAAAAGUUCCGGGAGUUACUAAUAUCUGCAAUUGUUAUGCAUAAUAUGCCAUUAUCUUUUGUGGAAUAUGGUGGUUUUCGAACUGUUUUCUCUUACUUGAAGGAUGAUGUGCCUACUAUUUCUAGGAACACUGCUAAAGCUGAUAUGGUUAAAUUGCACCAAAGAGAAAAGAAUAAGAUAAAAUUCAUGCUUGAUGAAACACCUGGUAGGAAAUUGGAUUUUGCAAAAAAGAAUCUUGAAUUUUCUUAUAUGCCACCUCCACAUAAUGGUAUUGCAUUAAGUGAAAAGGUAUAUGGAUUACUAGCUGAUUGGAAAAUUGAAAGUAAGUUGUUUGCUGUGACAUUGGAUAAUGCUUCUGCCAAUGAUACUUUUGUUGAUUAUUUUCAGCUGCAGUUGAAUGCAAGAAAUGUGCUUUUAGAUGAUGGUAAAUACUUUCAUCUUAGAUGUUAUGCUCAUAUUCUUAAUUUGAUUGUGCAAGAGGGGUUGAAGGAAGUUGAUAUUGCUGUUAAAAAAGUGAGGGAAAGCGUUAAGUAUGUGAAAGGUUCUCAAGUUAGAAAACAAAAGUUUCUUGAAUGUGUGAGUUUAGUGAGUUUGAAUACAAAAAGGGGUUUAAGGCAAGAUGUUCCAACUAGGUGGAAUUCUACAUAUCUUAUGCUUCAAAGUGCACUUUACUUUCGGAUGGCUUUUUCUCACUUGGAAAUUAGUGAUUCAAAUUAUAAGCAUUGCCCAUCUAAAGAUGAGUGGGAUAGAAUUGAGAAGCUUAGCAAGUUCUUAGGAGUUUUUUAUGAGAUUACUUGUGUGUUUUCUGGAACCAAGUAUCCAACAACGAACUUGUAUUUUCCUGCUAUAUUCAAGGCACGCUUAACUUUAGAAGAACAAAAGAAUGGGGAUGAUUUGGGUAUGAGAAAUAUGGCUAUCCAAAUGUUUGCUAAAUUUGAGAAGUAUUGGUCUGCAUUUAGCUUGAUUUUAGCUAUAGCUGUGAUAUUGGAUCCUCGUUACAAGAUUCAUUUUGUUGAUUGGAGUUACAAAAAGCUUUAUGGACAUGAUUCUAUGGAGUUUAAAAAAGUUAAGGAGAGCUUAUUUUCUCUCUACCGUGAAUAUGCUAACAAGAUUUCUCCUAGACAUGUUUCAUCAAAUUAUAUGAAUCUUGGCAAUGACUCAGUUGGCACCGGAAUAAUGAGGAUGAUUUUGAGGUAA